AUGUCGAAUCAAAUUUAUUCAGCAAAAUAUUCCAAUGUAGAUGUGUAUGAAUUUCUGCAUUCUACUGGUUCAGUUAUGAAAAGGAAGAAAGAUGGAUGGGUCAAUGCUACUCAUAUUUUAAAGACUGCCAAUUUUGCAAAAGCUAAGAGAACUAGGAUUCUAGAAAAAGAAGUUAUUCAAGAAACACAUGAAAAAGUUCAAGGUGGUUUUGGUAAAUAUCAAGGUACAUGGGUGCCGUUGUCCGUUGCUAUCAGUUUGGCACAGAAAUUUGAGGUAUAUGAUGAAUUGAAGGUCCUAUUUGAUUUCGAGCAGGCGGCAGGUGAAACGCCGCCACCGCCAGCUCCAAAACAUCAUCAUGCUUCGAAAGCCAAAGCUUUGAGAGCCAAAAGCUUAAACGAUCUACCUGCAAAGACAACAACGUUAAAUCAACCACCUAUAGAACUGGAUACAAAUGUGAAAAUUCAAAAGAAAAGAGGUAGGCCAGCUUCCACUACUCCAAAAGUUGUCGCAAAACCAAAACGAAAGUUGACAGCAAAGGCUAAGCGUGAAGCACAAUCUAAUGAUGCAUUAUUAGUGAAGCCACAUAUCCCAAGUUCAACAAUAAAUACCAACCAAUUGCCUUACAUUUCAAAUAAUGGGAAAUCCUUAUCUAUUGAUGAGAUGCCUUCUAACACUGAACUUUCGGUAGAGCCCGAUAAUAUUAUUCAACAUCAACUUAUUCAAGACCAUCAGCAAUUCAAAGAAAUAGACUUAAAUGAUGGUUUAUCAAGUGAUGUUGAACAACCUUCAUAUUUACCUACGAACAAACCAUUUGAACAUGAUGUUAACCACUACCACGCGGAAGAGAAAGGCGAUACCACAAGAAAUAGACAAUAUUCCAUGGAUAAUGAUCAUACAUUCUUGCAGAAUUCACCUAAUGCAUCAACACCGACUCUACCAUCGUCGCCCAGUGACUUAAAUGAUGCAGCACCUUUUGAUAAUAGAUACAGUGUUGGCACAUCUCCUGUUAUAUCUACCAUUCCUAGAUACACAAAUCACAAAGCAACUGAAAAUAUAACCACUGAUAUUAAUGAUGAAGUGAACACUUAUUUAUCGAGAUUAGUGGAUUACUUUACAUCUACUGAUAUGAAGUCUAAUACUGAGAUUUCUGUAGAACUAUUGAACCCGCCAAAAAAUAGUGCUCCAUACAUUGAUGUUCCUAUCGAUCCAGAAAUCCAUACUGCGUUUCAUUGGGCAUGUUCCAUGGGUAAUCUUCCUAUUGUUGAAGCAUUGUAUAAUGUUGGCACCAGCAUUAGAUCAGUUAACUCACAAGGUCAGACUCCUCUGAUGAGGAGUGUCAUGUUUUACAAUUGUUACUCAAGAAGAUCUUUUCCGAAAAUAUUUGAACUUUUGCAUGAAACUGUGUUUGAUAUUGAUAACAGUGGACAAACUAUAUUACAUCAUAUAGUAAAGAGAAAAUCUUCCACUCCAUCCGCCAUGUACUAUCUUGACUUAGUUUUAUCUAAGGUCAAAGAUUAUUCUCCACAAUAUAAAAUUGAAGAAUUACUUAAUUGUAAAGAUUCUAAUGGGAACACUGCUUUGCAUAUUGCUGCAAAAAAUGCUGAUACUUUAUUUUACAAGACAUUGGUAGACAAUGGAGCAUUAAAGAGUAUAUUAAACAAUGAAAAUUUGUCUUCGGAGGAUAUAAUCAAUAGCCAAGGUCAAGAUGUGAGGACAAUAUCACAAUUGCGAAACUUAAAAGAUAAUGAAUUAUUUGAAUCAUUUGUAUCGCUGCAGGCGUCGAUUAAGAAUAAGAAUGGCCAAUUCAAAUCUAAAUCAUCUAAGUCUAUAUCUGAAAAUUUACCGAAAGUUAUUAAUUUAUUUAAAACUUUAGCAGAAAAAUAUGAUGAAUCAUAUGGAAAAAGUGAAGAUGUUGUUGAAUCUUUACAGCAGAAUAUAUUCAAUGUAUCGAAAUCUAUUAAAAAUGUUAAUGUUAAGACUGCUGAAAUAUUAAAAAUUUCAAAUAUAAAUGAAAUACCAGAAGUAUUAGUCAAAAACAUGAAAAAGUUAGAACAAUUGAAAAUUGAUAAGGAAGUUAUACAAAACAAACUAAAGUACCAGUAUAGAACAGAAAAAUCAAAAUUGUUUAAUGACAUCAUCAAAGAAGUUAAAAAAGAUAAUGAUGAAGGUAAGUUAGAUAAAAUCCAUGAUAGAGAUGAGAUACUUGCUUCUCAUAAAGAAGCGAAAGAAGAGGGAGAAAUAUUAAUUAGAAAGAUAAUAAACAAAAUCCAAGAUAACAGUAAGAUUCAUAAAUAUCGAAAAAUGAUUAGUGAAGGCACUGCAAUUGAUUUAGUUGAAGUCGAUAAUAACCUUGAUACUAUUUUAACAUCGUUGACUAGUGAAAAUAUGAACGAAGCAUAA